AUGGAUUCCUCUCCAACUGCUGUUCGCCUGGCACCGGCGGCUGGCGUGAAGCGUCCCGCUGCUUUGCUGCCAGCUUUCGAGCCUUUGACCUCAUCCCCGUCCCUGCCGCGGCCCUCCAAGCGGGUUGCUCGCGAAGAUGCGUACCCAACACCUGUGCCGACCUCGUCGACUCAUAUUAUGUCCUCGUCUCCACCUCCUGCUGUCCGGCCCUCACUGCGUCGUACCUUCUCCGCCGCCACGGAACGAUCUCCCCUGUCGGCCGUGCCGGAGGUGAUGCUGCCGGAGAAUGGAGAGCCGGUGCUCAUGGGCCGGUCCAGCGCUUCGUGUCAUCACCAGCUGGCCGCCAGUCGAAUGAUUUCACGUGUGCAUGUCAAGGCGACCUACAAGCCGGCCCCGAACCCCUUCGACCGUGACCGCGUGGAAAUUGUGUGCAUGGGUUGGAAUGGUAUCAAGAUCCACUGCCAGGGGAAGAAAUAUGAGUUGGGCAAAGGCAAGACCUUUACAUCGGAUAUCAAGGAUGCCGACAUCAUGAUCGAUGUCCAUGAGGCCCGGGUAUUGGUGCAAUGGCCACGGAAUGAACUUGAUCGGAAGGAUUGCCCCUCGACCGAUUCCGAGCAGACGUGGGACGACGGAACUCCGACUCAGAAGAACCCCCGCCGAGGACUUCACGACAGUCCAUUCGUUGGGGGCGAGCGCCUUGGCUCUCCCGUGUCGCCAUCGCCCGGCGUGCGAAACGUUAUCCCUCCGUCGUCGCCUAUCUUCACUCCUUCGCGCGGCCGUGGGUCCGUGAUCGUGUUCGAGGACGAGCCUUCUCCAUUGAAGCGUCAUAACACUGUCGGUGGACUCUCCUCGUACAGCGCUCGCCGCGCGAGUGAAUUGCUCCAGAUCUCCCAGUCCAGUGAACUUGGCCGCCACGACAGCGAAUCUGAUAAUGACGAGGAGAAUGAUCCUAUUGUUCACUCAUUCGGGGCAUUUGGCGAGAACUUGCUCCCCCGUAUGGCUUCAUUCCGCGCGAGCGAUUCUCCGAGCCGCUCUUCCGUCACACCGCGUCGCUCGUCACCUCCUCUACCUCGUGCUCAGCUCGAGUCGCGUCGGCACCCGACUGUCCUGGAGGAGAAGAAAAAGGUCGAGGUCAAGGUUAAGACUCCUGAAGAGGAGGAAAGUUUCGAGCGCGUUCGCAACCACACCAUCAAUCAGUUGGCCUUUUCUCGACUGUCGUCGACCCCCUUUUCGAUCAUCCUGAAUAACCUCCCUCCCUCAUACUGGAAGUCCAGCGAGAAUGGCCACACCUCUGGUCCCUCGCGUUCCGACAUCCGCACCAUUCUGGAGGAGAGUAAGUGUGUUGGCAAGGUUGCACGUGAGGGCAAGGACGCCGCUGGACAGCCCCUGGAAAGCGAGUUCUACUAUAUCCCCGACUUUGAUGAUGACAUCAGUCGCCGUGAAACCGUGGUCAACAACCUUCGCAAGCCGGGUCUCCGGAACUGUCGCAAGCAGCACAAGCAAUACUUUUGGAAGAAGCCCAAAUAA